AUUUGCUGAUUUAUUUAUAUAUUUUUUCUGCUCGCAUCGACGUCGAGCGUUCAGUGGGGGCCGGCUGCCGAGCAGUCACCAGGGGGCAUGAAUCGAGUAAUAAUAAUAAUAAUGCAUUUGAGGAAAAGCCGCACCGACCAGCCUCCGACGCUUCCCCCGCUCCGCGUGCUCGCUAGCUCGGCCGCCGUGUGAUCGAGACAGCGCGUCUGAGCUGCAUGUGUCCGGCGGGACUGCCCCUGGCUUUUUUUCUGGGGGAAGAUCAUACUGGAUCAUAUUGUUAGCAGGACGUUGUUCCUCCUGCAGCCCCCCCACCGGUCUAUCCCGACGUGAAUUGAACAUGGCGACUGUACCAGUGUAUUGCAUCUGCAGGUUACCUUACGACGUGACCCAGUUUAUGAUCGAAUGCGAUGCUUGUAAGGACUGGUUCCACGGCAGUUGCGUUGGUGUGGAUGAAGAUGAUGCUCCAGAUAUUGACAUCUAUCACUGUCCCAACUGUGAGAAGACGCAUGGCAAAUCCACCUUAAAAAAGAAAAAGAAUUGGAACAAACAUGACACGGGGCAGAGCACAGACAUCAAAGCUGUUCAGAAUGGAAGUCAGGUUUUCAUAAAGGAGCUCCGCAGCAGGACGUUUCCAAGUGCGGACGACAUAGUGGUGAAGCUGAGUGGCACUCAGCUGACUCUGGACUACCUGGAGGAAAAUGGCUUUAAUGAGCCAAUCCUGGUCCAGAAGAAGGAGGGAUUGGGGAUGUCCAUGCCAGCCCCCACCUUCUACAUCAGUGAUGUAGAGAACUACGUUGGCCCUGAUGUCGGGGUGGACGUAGUGGACGUCACGAAGCAGACGAAUAGCAAGAUGAAGCUAAAAGAGUUUGUCGAUUAUUACUACAGCACAAACAGAAAGAAAGUGUUAAAUGUCAUCAACCUGGAGUUCUCCGACUCAAGGAUGAACAACAUUGUGGAGAGUCCUCAGAUCGUGCGGCGGUUGUCCUGGGUCGAAAACUACUGGCCUGAUGACGCUCUGCUAGGAAAGCCAAAAGUAACCAAGUACUGUCUGAUCUGCGUGAAAGACAGCUACACUGACUUCCACAUCGAGUGUGGUGGCGCUUCAGUCUGGUAUCACGUGCUAAAGGGAGAGAAGAUCUUCUUCCUCAUUAAGCCCACCUCUGCAAACCUGUCCCUGUAUGAGCGGUGGAGGUCGUCGUCCAAUCACAGUGAAAUGUUCUUCGCUGACCAGGUGGACAAGUGUUACAAAUGCACGCUGAAGCAGGGACAGACGCUUUUCAUCCCAUCAGGUUGGAUCAAUGCAAUACUGACUCCAGUCGACUCUCUGGCCUUCUCCGGGCAUUUCGUCCACAACUUGAGUGUGGAAAUGCAGAUGAGAGCAUAUGAAAUCGAGAAGCGACUCAAUGCCAACACCCUCACCCCCUUCCACAACUUCGAGACAGCGUGCUGGUACGUUGGACGACAUUUCCUCGAGCGGUUUAAAGGUUUACAUAAAGCCAACAAGCAGCCUGCUCCGUAUCUGAUCCACGGUGCCAAAAUCGUCAACGGAGCCUUCAAAACAUGGACAAAGAAGCAGGCACUUCUGGAACAUGAGGACGAACUUCCUGAGAACAUGAAGCCUUCACAGCUUAUCAAGGACCUGGCCAGAGAGAUCAGGCUAUCAGAGAAUGCAACAAAAGCCAUUAAGAGUGAACCCAGCAUCAAGGUUCCAUUGGAUGACCCUCCAUCCACGCACUCAGAACCAGAAGAGCCCGUUUCCCCGGCCCACGUUCCCUCUCCCAGUAGUGAAAAACCCAGAAAGAAAACGUCCAAACCUCCAAAGAUGCCCAAACCUCCUAAGAUGCCAAAGGCUAAGGAGGGAGGGAAAAAGAAAGCCAAGAAAGUGAAAGAGUCGACGCCGCCACCACCGCCUCCUAAGCCAUCCAGCUUUGCAGCGUUGGAGUCCCACGCGCGGGAUAUUUUAAGUAGAAUGGAGCAGCCAAAAAAAAUGAAGAGUGUUAAAAAUGUCUUGGGCAUGUCAGAGAGGGAGACCCUGAAGCAAAACAACGUGGAGAAGUUUGAAAUGAGAGAGCAGAAUAAGAACAAGACUGAAGCAAAGUGGAAGUAUAAGAACAGUAAACCUGAUUCUCUACUAAAGAUGGAAGAAGAGUGUAAAUUUGACAGAACGUCGCUGUCGGGCAAUAAAGAUAAACUGGGUUUCGGUUUGUCUCACAAGAAGCUGCUCGGCUCAAAGUUGCUGAAACCUCAGACCAACUCCAGUGUUUUCGGAUCAUUACAAAACCUAAAAGAGGACAAGAAUAAGCCUGUGAGAGACGAGUACGAGUACGUCUCUGAUGAGGGCGAGCUGAAGAUUGAUGAGUUCCCCAUCAGAAGGAAAAAGAACACCAUGAAGAGAGACUUUUCCUUUUUGUCAGAUAUCAGAGAACCUAUUCAGCCAACCAAAAAACCAAAGUUCCAGCCGUUGAUGUCCAAGCCUGUGGACUCAUCUGAUGAAGAGACAUUGCACAUUGACACAGAAGCCAAGCCAGACAUGAAGAGUCGCAACUCAAAGGUCAAGAAGAAGACAGGUAGCGCUGCUGGGAUUCUGGACCUGCUGCAGGCCAGCAAACAAGUCGGUGGGAUUGACUACAGCUCCAACAGUCAGCCACCUGCAUCUCCCAGCACACAGGAGGCCAUUCAGGGCAUGCUGUCCAUGGCCAACCUGUCAUCUUCAGUCAGCUUGCAGCAGCCUUGGAGCAACAGCCAGUCCAAAAACAAUAGCCAGUCCAAGAGCAACUCGCACAGCUCGCAGGCCAGCAAGAAAACCAGCUCGGGGAUGGUGGGGGGCGGUAACGGCAAGCAGUCGUCGAAGCGCCUGCUGAAGAAGCCUCGGAAAAGCAGCAGCAUGGAGAGCCUGGACUACGACGACGACCACGACCACAUGGACGCCUGCUUCAAGGACUCGGAUUACGUUUACCCCUCUCUGGAGUCUGAGGAGGAUAAUCCUGUGUUCAAGUCCAGAUCGAAGAAGCGGAAAAGUAGCGAUGACACCCCGUACAGCCCCACAGCUCGAGUUGGUCCCUCAGUUCCAAGACAGGAGAGGCCGUCAAGAGAAGGAGCUCGGGUGGCUUCAAUAGAAACCGGUCUGGCAGCAGCUGCAGCCAAGCUUUCGCAUCAGGAGGAGCAGCAGAGAACCAAGAAGAAAAAGAAAAACACCAAAAAGAAGUUGACUGUGUUUGAGGAGCCACACAGACUCUCCAAUGACAGCAGCUCUCCAGAUCACAACGCAGACUCUCACGACGGCAACCUCUCGGAACAGGAGUUCCACAGCGGGCCGGUCAAGUCUCCGACGGGGGGCCCUCAGCCCAUGGCGCCGGGGGUCUUCCUCAGCCACAGGCGGCCGUCCAUGUCAUCUCCCAACAACAGCACCAACUCUUCCAGCACCAACAGCAGCAGCAACAUGGUGAAGAUCGACCGUGGGGGCGCUGCUGAUGCCAAAGCGAAGCGGCUAAAGAAAGGCAUGGCCACGGCCAAACAGAGACUGGGAAAGAUCCUAAAGAUUCAUCGAAACGGAAAGCUCCUCCUGUAGCACGACUGUUGUCGGGACAUUUCCUGGACCCCACAACUUCUGUUCAGUGACUCAAAGCCAACACUGGUGUGAGUGAGACAGGAGGCUGGGAGAUGGAGAACGUUUUCUAAGAAGAACAUCACACAACUAGGUCUUUGCCUCUCCUUUAUAACUUUCAGAUAUAAAAGUGUACAGAAGCUACUAUAAAUAUUUUUAAGAGGGCGUGUCUGGUUUUACUACGGCUUAUCAGGGGUUCAGAAGAAGUGUCAUUCCAAGACUCCUGAAAGUAUCCCCUGCAUGCUUGCAUGUGCGCUUGGGUUCGGAGGGGGAGGGAGGGCUCGAGGGUGGGCGCUUUGUGUUUCCUUUUCAUGCAGCUUAUCACAGCCACACGGAUGACGGAGUGGUUACCUCUUUGCAAAGCACUAUCAGCCGUGGUAUUUAUUUAUUCGUACUUAUUGAAGCAGGACGUCGCAGAACAACCGUAGAAGCACAAAGUGUCCGGACGUCCGCUCAUCAUAGGAAGUGAGACACUAACCACCAGCCUCAUCCGUGUGGGUCUGCAUUCACACGGGGAUACUUUCGCUCUUCCUUUGCUUUCUCAGGCAGCACCUCCACAUCUGCAGUUCCACUCACAUCUUAGAGAAUGUAGCUUGUACAUAGCCUUCCAAAUACUUCUAUCCCUUUCCUUCCCUUAUUUUUACCUGCUCUUAGUUACAAAUGAAUAAAUAUAUAAAGAUAUAUAUAUAUAUAUAUGAAAAUGCAUAAUCAUAUUUUUAUUUUCAUCCAUGUAAUUGCUAGCAGCAUUAUUCAAUAACACAUUGAUCACGUUCAAUUUCAGACUUAUUUGGAGCUUUUGCCAUGUAGCUUUUAAAUUGCUAAUAUACCGUUGUUGUAUUUGUACAAAGUGUCACGUAGUGGAAGACAAAUGCACUAUUUGAGUUGACCGUGCCAGAUGUAAGUUACGUGUUCCGAAAGUUAUUUCUCAUUCCCGCAAAACAUUAGUGAUCCAGCACACUCAGCUUCACGUAUGAAGUAAUGAGCAGAAACGCAGAAAUAACUUUCCACUCCUUUUGUUUUUCGCAAUGCAGUGUUUAGUCUUCUCUUUCUGUCAAAAUCCCCCUUGAACUAAUAGCUAUUUUACUCUGAUUGAAAUUAAUAAUCGCCAGAAUAAACGUCACUUUCUUUUCUAUUUAACAACUAGAUAAUGAUGUAGUAAAUGAAAUAUAUGUGUACGUUUGUAUCAUUGUAAAGUACAGCUCCAUGCUUUGAUGCAGUGUUGCUGAGAAAUAUCAGCAUCAGCAGGUUUAUUUUCAAUGCAUUAACAUGAUUAUUCGAAUGUGUUUUGAUGAUUUUUAACGUGAGUCUUCCUUUUUCAAAUUUCGUAGAAAUUCUUUCCGAAAAAUGACUUUAAACUUUUAAAUUGCUUGUCAGUAUUAAAUCCACAUUUUCAUGAAGAGCUGACUGUUAUAUUCAACAUUACUUCGUUGAGAACUAUUACUUCAAGUAUAUAUUUAUGGCUUGAAAAAUAAUGUGAUUAUCACAUUUCAUUUGGAUCUUCGUAGUCUGUUAACUUGUGUAUUGACUAGUUUAAUACUGAAAGAUAGUGAUCGGGGUCGACAUCAACUCAUCCAAGGUCAUGACACGACUGUGUUAUUGCAUAGUGCUGUAUUCACAAGGUGUUGCCUGGAAACCAACUGAAGACGUGAAUCAUGUGAUCGUCAUAUGGCCUUACACACAUAUACACAACCACACAACAAAUAUUGUAUCAUGUCAACAAGAGAGGAAGCUUUGAGGAAAACUAUUGUAAAAAAGGUUUAAAAAAAAAAAAGUUUCUAUGACCAGCCUCUUGUUGGACUCGUCGUCUCCUGAAGGGUUUGGGAUUAUUUUACUAGCACCUUGUGAAGUGUUUCUGUGUCAGUGAUGUAAUUUAUUAAUGUUUGUAGCUUUUUAUACUUGUACAAACCUUUUUGUUUUUGAAUAUGUCAUCAAAUCGUGAAUUGGUCCCUUGCAAGGAGGGCCGGGGUGUUGUGGGGGGGUCAGGGGGGAGGGAUGUGGGCUGGGACACUUUUACACUAGAAACCACAUUAGCAAAUGUAUCAUUGUUACUUUUACUUUUGUAACUCCAUCUUGUCUUCACUCCACGUCGAUGUUAUUUCAAUGUUACAUGGUGUUAUGAUUGAUCUUACAAGCAGCUACAUCUCACGGCUCCAGCGUCGCGCCCGUCACGCUCGGGUCCAACUUCAACAUGAUUUCAGGACUUUUUUUUUUUUGUUUCUUUUGUACGAUAUGUUUUGUGUUUAUUUACGUUUGUUUUUACAUGUCCGCUCAUUCAAAGUGUCCGCCGCGCCCGGCCGGUGGGCCGUCUCUGUCGUAGCCGUCUUCCCUCUCUGUUAUCGACAGUACUCGUAGAUAUUUACAGCCCCUUUGGACUUGAGUCUAUAUUUUUCUGUAUUUUCUGUUCGAAAUCAUGACUCAAUUUUUUAAGAUGUCAAGGAAAGGCGGGGAACUCCGAGGAACAAACAUAUUGUCGUCGAAUGAUAUGAUUGUCCGCCUUGUCUACUUUUGCAAUACAGUUACUGUGGAAAACAAACGUUGUGAG